AUGUGGGAUACCAACAACGACAUGGUACAACGUGAUAGGUUUUUCGAAAGUGAAUGCAUUGGAUAUCGGGCAGUGUGUGACAGAUCGUUGGAAGUAGAUGAAUCUACAAAUCGAAAAUUGACUUUCGGCAUCGAGCGUUUGUUAAGCAUGCCCACAUCUGCACAGCGCGAAAUUAAACGAUGCGAAACCUUCCUGUCCACUUCCUGCAAUGAAGAUGCACAAAUUCAAAGUAAAUGUGAAUGUUGUGACGAAUACAAAGGCAAUGAGCUUUUGUCUAACUUAUCUAAGUUUUUCAUCAGUGACAGUGAUAAGAGCAUGGGAAGAGCGAAAUACGGUGACAGUGUGUGUGAAACUAAUGUGCCGGAAUAUAGCGAAACACGGGAUUGUGUGACACUCGGAUUACCAUGUGAAAACGAUACAAACUAUUCCAAAGUAAUACGUAAACCUCUACCAUUGCGAAUUGGAAAUGCACAAUUAGGACAAGGCAAUUACACAUCCCUCCAAACAGCUGAUUCGAUCACAUUUUCACACACGACGCCGACAACACCUCGUUUUGUAGACUCGUGGCAUUGUGAUACAGCAGCACCAUUCACUGAUAAAUACAAUGACUGUGCUUUAUAUAAAGCCCAAUCGCCUGCAGUGGACAUAAACAGUUUACGAACAAACAGCUGCGGUGUGUCUGCGACCUAUAACAAAUCAAGUACUCAAGCAAUCAUUUCGCGACGUAAGCGAUCGUGGUCACGAGCAGUAUUCAGCAGUUUACAACGCAAAGGACUCGAAAAGACAUUUCAAGAACAAAAAUAUAUCACUAAACCCGACAGAAAGCGCCUCGCCGCUACCCUAGGCCUGCAUGAUGCGCAGGUAAAGGUGUGGUUUCAAAAUCGUCGCAUGAAGUGGCGACAUAUGGUAAAAAACACUUCGUUACUUUCAAUUCCUCACCAUACAGAGGUUGAACAAUCUCCGAUAACGUCGCCGUCCUGCGUCAAUGCUGAAGUGCCAGAAAUGUUGGCUUUGGACGACAGAAAUGAAGCAAAUGAAGACGACGAUGUAAUAAUUGAUUAG